AUGCAGCAGAUUCGGACCCUUUGUGUGCUUCCCGUAAGCAGCAUUGAGAAUGGGCCGGAUGAAGCCGCACCGCUCGGCGUGCGUGUGAGCGAGCGUCCUAAUGUGACGCUGAAAGCUGCUGAUGUGAAUGCAGCACAGAUCAGGUGGGAGUUUGCUGUCAGUGUUUGCUGGGGAGAGCUGAUCAUCCUGCUAAUCUUCAGGGCGCCCUACGAGUCUGUAGUGCUGUGCGAAUGGGGCUUUUGGGGGCAGUAUGGCUCCAAUAAAGUCUGCAGUGCUGCCCUGUCUUCACCUGCCCGGGCGGGUUCAGGUUCCUCUGCACAAGCUCUCCUGCUCGGUGUCAGGAAGGAUGGGGCGGCUUCAGCAAGCUCACGAACAGCGACGCCCCCACGUCGCGUGGCUGAGCCGCGGCGCUCUGUCAGCUUCCGCAGCCGCUCUGCCGCGGCGCUCUCGUGUCCGUCUCUGUCUCUCUCUCUGCAUCCCGGCGCAUGCAGGGUGCUGCCUGGGGUGAACUGGAUCCCCUUCUACUCGCCGUCUCCCAGCCAGCCGUUUGCCGAGCUGCGCCAGACGCACUCGCAGCCCCUCGAUGAGCCCGUCAGCCUUUACGACCUCGACGACCUGGAUGUCUGUUGGCUGGAGCUGGUCAAUGCGGAGUUCAGGGAACUGGCCCUUCCUGAGCUGGACGAGUUGACGAUGGAGCGCGUGCUGACCAAGCUGGAGAGCCUGUGCGAGGAGAACAUGCAGCUGACCAUCGAGACGGGCGAAGGCCUAGGCAUCGAGUACGACGAGGACGUGGUGUGUGACGUGUGCCGCUCGCCUGAGGGCGAGGAUGGAGGAUGACGCAGCUUCUGCGCCUCUGUUGCACAGGCGUGCUACGGCAUCCUGAAGGUGCCCCUGGGGACCUGGCUGUGUCGUACCUGUGCACUGGGAGUGCAGCCCAAAUGCCUACUGUGCCCCAGGAGGGGCGGAGCUCUGAAACCCACCCGCAGCGGAACCAAGUGGGUGCACGUCAGCUGUGCCUUAUGGGUCCCGGAGGUCAGCAUCGGCUGUCCGGAGAAGAUGGAGCCCAUCACCAAGGUAUCGCACAUCCCUCCCAGCCGCUGGGCCCUGUCCUGCAGCCUGUGCCGGCAGCACGUGGGCACCUGCAUUCAGUGCUCCAUGCCCUCCUGCAUCGUGGCCUUCCAUGUGACCUGCGCCUUCGACCACGGCUUGGACAUGCGCACCAUCCUGGCAGAGAAUGACGAGGUUCGCUUCAAGUCCUACUGCGCCGAGCACAGCGGCCGCCCGCAGGGCGAUCAGCCCGGCCUGGAGCAGCGCCCCGCCCCGCUGGAGAAAGCCAGCCAGCGAAAGCAGAAGCUGCAGGAGUUGGAGGACGAGUUCUACCGCCUGGUUGACCCGCAGGACAUCGCCGAGAGCUUGGGGCUCCCGGGCACCCAUGUCGACUUCCUGUACCAGUUCUGGAAACUGCGGCGCAGGUCCAGCUUCAAUCGCCCCCUGCUGGCCGUCAAGCGUGACGAAGUGGACAACCUGGCCCAACAGGAGCAGGACGUUCUGUACCGCCGCCUUAAACUCUUCACCCACCUGAGGCAGGACCUGGAGAGGGUGCGAAAUCUGUGCUACAUGGUGACCCGCCGGGAGAGGAUGAAGCGCUCCCUCUUCGACUUGCAGGAGAGGAUCCUUCAGCUGCAGAUCCAGCUCGCUGACGACGACCUGGCAGGAGAAAAAACACUGAAGAGGCAGAAGAUGAAACGGAAUGGAGUGAAAGAGCGAGGGAAGGAGCGCCAGAAAAGCAGUCCGCCAAAGAAGGAGAGGUGGAAAACCGAAAGGGGGAAGCUCCUCGGGGGCCUGGGUUUGUCCAAGCCCUGCCCGCUGGACGGUGCCCUUUUCAACGGCUGGUUGGCGCAGUCCAUGCAGAUCACGACAGACAACAUGCUGGGCCAGUGGUCUCUGGAUGGGGAGCCCCGGGACAGGACGGCCAGCCUGCUGUCGGACCAGCUGCUGCAGGGAGAGGAGAGCCUCCUUAGCUUCAUGAAGGAGCCUUCUGUGAAGCCUGCCUGGAAAGUCCCCCAGCUGGGCUGCCAGGCCAGAGCCAAGCCUCGCGGCAAAGGCCACAAAGGCAGGGAGCUGGGCCAGGCCGAGGCGCGCAAAGCCGAUAGGCUGCGUGCCGCCCACAAGGCCCCGCCCAGCCACUCCUUCAGCCCCUCCCACGCGGCUCCCGAGCCUUCCCCUCAGGCCCCCGACUCAAAAAUGGACUCCUGCCACAUCUCGGAUAAGUGGCGGCCCGUCGGGGCAGCCUCCUCCGGGGAAGCGGGCGGAGCGGUGGUGCGGGCACGUCCGCCUAGACAGGGCCGGUCCCGAGCAGCCGGCUUGGAGCUGGGAGGGGUGAGUGGUCCCGGCCCGAAGGACGGCUCUCUCCUGGACCCCGAGAUGGAUGGGUACUACUCGCAUGCGGAACUGAGGAGCUCUGAUGUUCGCUUGGGCCACAGCAAGCUCCAGUUCUCCCAGCUGCAUUCUGGGAAGACGGACGUGGUCCAGAGGAGUGUGUUGGCCUCCUAAGUCACGCAGAAUCACGGACCGCCGGUCGCGAGGAUGGAGUCACCUGCCGAGUCGCUUUUUUGUCAGCAUGUGCAUCUCCUCCGACUCACUUUUUCAUACCAAAUCGUUUUUUCCGAAUCCAAAAUGGGACUUUUUACGUAGACGUUAGCCUGUGCUACACAGAUGUUAGCCUGUGGCCGCCAACGCUGCUCGAGACGGGACACCAGUGGUUCACCGGAGUUGAAGCACGGUUCUCUCAGCUUUGGCGUGCUUUUUCAGGUCUGAGUUUUGGCAAAAACAUCACCUUAAAGAAAGUCAGUCUGCGGAGGGCACCCUCCUAUAGCUGAAUGCGACAGCCCGCAGGACCGUGGGCAUUAAGAGCUGGCAUUCUUCAUAUUCAAGACCUAUUUUUUUUUCUCUGUUUGCUUUUUAAUGGAAAAUGUAAUCAGAAAUAGAAAAAUGACAUUUUGCAAAGAACAUUAAAAAUAAAAAAAAACUAAAAAGCACAAUUUGGUCAACAGGGAUGAGUAACAUUAGUUACAUGCAAAUACUGCUUUACCAGGAGAAAUUCUGCUGACUGAUUGUAAAUGUUCAUAAUCACAUGCACUGUUUUGAUAGACCCCCUUAAUGACGUAAGUGAGCUUAUUCUGUCAGACAUUUGAUCUUCUCUUCAUCAUUACGGAUUAUUGCUUUUCUCUUUACAAAACAGACACUGAAUAAAUGUGAUAAAAUGUGCCUUCCGUUUGUCCCAAAAGUGUUUUCUACGUCAAUCUUACUGAUUGAAUUCGCGCUGAAAUUCAAUAGAACUCUGACACCUGAGAGGAAAUUGACCAAGAAAGAUAUUUUAUAGCAUUUCCUGGCGGCAGCAAAUGGAGAGAAGAUCGCAAGAGCCGUAGAGGCCGGCUGGGCCAUAGUAGCACCUAACUCGGAUUCUUCUGCCCCGAAAUCGGGCUGCAGACGGCUGCAUGUCUCAGCUUGAUGGAGGCCAAGCCUGCUGUUUCCCGUGUGAAAAAGAGAUGGAACCAUGAGGGUGAAACAUUCCGUGUCAGAACUGCCCUGUGUAGUCAUGUGAUCAUCCCUGAACAUUUGUUGUUCUGUUUUUUUUUUUUUUUAAAAAAACAUUUUGUUUGUUUUGAAGCAAAUUUUUUUUUUUGUUUAGUUUUUUUAUUUUCAUAUUGUGGUCCACAGUACUGUCUCAGGGUUUAAGAACAAAGUGAGAUCUGAUUGGUGAGGGAAUAAACCAAGUACAUGUGUUCUGUGGCAUGUGAACGCCGCACGCGGCUCGGAAGCUCUGUGUCAGUACCUCCAUGCCAAAGAGCCGUGCGAGGAUGUCCGUCCUGAGGGGUUACAAGCAGGACCUGACGCUGGGUGGGUGGGGCAGUCUUGGCAGUCACCAGGAAACCCGCUGAACCUCCAACAGCCGCUUAAACCCUCUGUUUGGCGAAGGGGUUUGAGUCAAGUGAUUUAUUUCUCGAGUGGGUGGGUGGGAGCAGAGCUGCGGCUUGCAGUGGGUUUUGCCAUAGUGGCGAUUACCCUGUUCUGAUGCCUUUUUUUUUUGCACCAUUAAUUUUAUUUGAAUAGACGUGUAAAAACCUUCCCGUGCUGUAGUAGCACGAGGUGCCCUUGGACAAGUGUGACGCAGCUGCUGUCUUCAAAAGACUAAGACGUUGCUACAGGAAUGACACGUCUGCGUGUGUUAGUGUCCCCCUGUGACGGCACUGGCUGCCAACGAGUCCAAGCGGCAAGUGGUGACAAGCCUUCCAGUGGCUGGGGUUAGGGUCCCAGCCUCCGAAACACUGGUCAAGGGUCGCAGUGUUGCUCAUGUGCUGAUAAUGCUGGGAAGGAUGAAGGUAUGUCGGUUUUUCAUAGUGUCUAAUAGCUGGCCGUUCUCCUUUUCACGGCAGUGUACGCUUUACUUCGUUAAUCUCGAAACGAUCUCUUCUACUGCUUAAUCCGCUAGGGACCGAGUUAUGGCUGCAGCAGCCUGCUAAUCCCUGGCUUCGUACGCACCGGCUCGCUAUGAUACAGCACAUAAAGAACAUUUUCUUUUUCCUCUCUCUGCUUACAUUUUUGUAUUGGGCUUUGCAAGCCUUUUUAUGUGCUUGUGUUCCAGUAGCUAUACUAUAAUGCUGCACAAUACUCUAAUAGCUUGUAGUGUACAUCUACAUAUUACAGUCUAGCGUCUUUAAUUUAAUGAAAAGGAUGGGGGAAAAAUUAUGAAAAAAUAUUACCAGAAGUUGCUUCUUUAUACUUAUGUGUUCAUCUGGAGCCUGCCCUUGUUUUUUUUUUUGCACAGAGGGAUCAAGGAAACAAAGUACCAGGACAAAUAAUGAUAUCCAUAUGUUUUAGAGACUUCUCUCCUACCCCAGGAAAAUGCCACACCCUCUCGGCACGGCCAUUCCCCCUCGGAUACGCCGGGUGUGUGUCCUUACCACUGCUCCCUGCCCCCAUGCUGUGGUGUGUGUUAUUCACAGACGGGCGAUUUGUAGGGAGGGAAUUUUCAUUUCUGGUGUUUAGCAGAGCACAUGUUGUGCAGCUGUUGACGCUUUUGACCAUGAGGUCAAUCCAUUUUUUUUUCCAUGCUCUGAAAAUCAGAUUGCUGGGUCUCAACUGGAAACAAACAAUCUUCAGCUGAAGUCCAGCAUCCCCACCGUCAUAAGUUACAAGCACUUAAGUGCCUGGAAAAGUGGCUUUUGUCAUGUCUGUAUUAAUUUAGCCCUUUUGUUUUGGUUUUUUUUUUCCUGGUGUGUCAGGGUGGUGCUGUGUUAGCACUGUUACCCCAUACCUCUGGCACCCGGGUUCGAGCCAUUUUACCCCACAGUGCGAAAAUAAUCUAAGGUGAAUUGGAGUCGAGAAAUGAUCCGUGUGAGAGGGCCCUGCGAUGGGUUGAGUUGGCGUCCUGUCCUGGGUUUUUUCAGGAUAACCUCUGGACCUCCAUAACCCUGCAUAGGAGAAGUGGGUAUUGAUGGAUGGAUGGAUGGAUGGCUUUUUUUUUGUGCCAAAUACAACUUGAUGUGAAGUUUUUACUGCUACACAAGUAAAGAACGUGUUAAAUUCUGAGGUUUCCUAACCAAGAACUCAUUGUGAAUAGCUGAUCACCCUCGACGCUCCUCAAAAUAUCCUGUUAUAUUCAUUCCUUAGUCUCACGUUUAGAGUCUGUAUGGUUACUGGGCAAUAUGGAACAACGUCAGUGAUAAAUGUUCUGUCAGAAAGGUUCUUGGGUGGUCCGGAUUCAGCCCCUAGCUGAAUAUUGCUGUUGUUUGUCCCUUACUGUCGUUCUUGUUUUUCUUGACAUGUACAGUUCCUGAAACAUUUCUGCUUUGCCUCGUAUAUUGAUACGAUAUGUUGAAUGUUACAGGGUUUUUUUUCCCCCCUGUCGGUAUUCUUUGUUUCAAAGAAUGUUGUGCCAUUUGUUAAUAGCAAAGAGAACUAUUGAAGAUAUAUAUUAAGAGCUAUUUUAAAUUAUUUUUUUUUUGCUUUUUUGCAAUAUUUAUUUUCUUGUAUUAGAACCUUCUUUGUAGGAAAAAAAAAAGGCAAAAAAUGUAUUUUUCAUUAGUGCAGAAACCUAUUUUUGUUCUUUUUUGGUACAUUUUUCAUGUUAAGCAAUCUUUAAAGCAAUAUGAUGUAGGAGAUGUUGUUUCUGUGGCUGUCUGCAUGCUGUUUGUGUUGCCUUAAAGAUGGCCCGGUCUGCCCCCCCCACGUCUCACCCUGCAGUCUCUGCUGUUAUUGACCAGCACAGUAAAUAAAAGAUGUGUUCUCUGCUCUGCACCAUCUCAA